CCCCAUACACAGAGGGUCUCACGAUUAUGGUGAAAAGUCUGGACCAAGCUUCAGAAAAAAUAGCUGUACAUUCAACCUUCUCUGUACUUUCCCAAAAGGAACAGAAAAAGAACAAAUCCCAGGGAUCAAUUUCAUUUGAGGAUGUGAUUGUGAACUUUACCAAGGAGGAGUGGAGUCAUUUGGACCCUGAUCUGAGGACCUUGUACAGGGAUGUGAUGUUGGAGAACUAUAGUAUCUUCAUCUCACUGGCAGGACAUUGCAUUACCAAACCAGAGGAGAUCUUCAAGUUAGAGCAAGAAGCACCAUGGGUGUUAGAGAAAGAAUUUGCAAGCCAGUGUUACCCAAGUGAGUAAUCCAGAGGAAAUUAGAUCCCAGGUGGUUUCAGGAAUAUGCAUCUUUGGAGUGUUUUUAAGAAUCCUUUUUAAGAGUCUCUGUUUGGAAGUGACUAAGGAUAAUGAGACUGUAUACCUAAAUUCACCACAGAUACAUUGUCACACAUGUAUGUUCUCUUUUCUUGCUUGGCUUUUUAAGAGUUUACUCCCUUUU